UCACUUGAGUAACCUCGGUAAGACAGAGUCUCGCCAUUCCAGGCGCUGCUGCGUCUGCAGGCCUGUCUGUUCCGCUCCCAUCCUAGAGGAGGGGGCGUUACCGGUCGGAUGCUGGAGGCUUGAGCUUGCAGCAACAUGGCUCGCCUCGCUACGGUUGGUCGCGGUGACGGAGAGUACAGCGCAGCCAGAGUGUUAGAAAGGUGACGGAGUAGAUGGUGUCUCACUCUGUUGCCUGGGCUGGAGUGCAGUGGUGUGAUCUCGGCUCACUGCAACCUCUUUCAAUGCUUUGGUGCCUGUCUAACAGGAAGUUCUGCCUCUUGUCUGAUCUCAGCCUGACAUGCUGCACUUUUUUGGAUGGGGUCUUACUAUGUUGCCGGGACUGGUCUCAAACUCCUGGGCUCAAACAGUCCUCCUGCCUCGGCCUCCCAGAGUGCUGGGAUUGCAGCAGGUUCCUGCUCCGGCGCGGCUCCUGGACUGGCCCCAGGUGCUGGCCCCAGGGGUUUCAAUCCAAGCAUAAUUCAGUGAAGCAUGUGUUUGGCAGCGGGACGCAGCUCACCGUUUUAGGUCAGCCCAAGGCCACCCCCUCGGUCCCUCUGUUCCCACCGUCCUCUGAGGAGCUCCAAGCCAACAAGGCCACACUGGUGUGUCUCAUGAAUGACUUCUAUCCGGGAAUCUUGACGGUGACCUGGAAGGCAGAUGGUACCCCCAUCACCCAGGGCGUGGAGAUGACCACGCCCUCCAAACAGAGCAACAGCAAUUACGUGGCCAGCAGCUACCUGAACCUGACGCCCGAGCAGUGGAGGUCCCGCAGAAGCUACAGCUGUCAGGUCACACAUGAAGGGAGCACCGCAGAGAAGACAGUGGCCCCUGCAGAACGUUUAUAGGUUCCCAGUCCCCACCCCACCCAAAGGGGCCGGGAGCUGUAGGAUCCCAGGGGAGGGGUCUCUCUGCAUCCCAAGCCAUCCAGCCCUUCUC